GUCGCACUCUAACAUGUCCCCUCUCCCCUACAGAAAAUGUCCUUCAUGGUGGCUCUUGGCCUGGUCACUACAGAGACACUGGAAGAGAUCCAGACCAAGAGACAGGAGAGGAAGAGGCGGAGUACAGCCAACCCAGCCUACAGCGGCCUGGUCCAACCAGAGCGGAAACGCCUUGCAUCAAAUUACCUGAACAACCCACUCUUCCUGUCAGUGAGAGCCACUGGGGACUACAGAUGGAAGGAAGAGCUGGAGCACGACGACCACUGCUCUGUG